UUUUGAGCACACUCUGCAAGGAGUUCCUGCAAGCGAACGUCUCCGCCAUACUAUAUAUGAUGAAUAAUGAACAAUUCGGUCAUAGCACUGCCUCCGCUCAGUAUUUUCUACAACUGGCCGGCUAUCUUGGCAUACCGGUAAUCUCAUGGAAUGCUGACAAUUCUGGUUUGGAGAGACGCGCCUCUCAAUCGACACUUCAGCUUCAGUUAGCUCCAAGUAUAGAACAUCAAAGUGCUGCUAUGUUGAGCAUUCUUGAGCGUUAUAAAUGGCAUCAGUUUUCGGUUGUCACCUCUCAGAUAGCCGGACACGAUGAUUUCGUACAGGCUGUACGGGAGCGUGUCGCCGAAAUGCAAGACCAUUUCAAAUUCACGAUACUCAAUUCGAUUGUUGUAACGCGCACCAGCGACUUGAUGGAAUUAGUGAAUAGCGAGGCUAGAGUGAUGCUCCUCUAUGCCACACAAGGCGAAGCGGUUACUAUUCUUAGAGCUGCUGAAGAAAUGAAGUUAACUGGCGAAAAUUAUGUGUGGGUCGUUAGUCAAUCAGUUAUCGAGAAGAAGGAUGCACAUUCACAAUUUCCCAUUGGCAUGUUGGGUGUACACUUCGAUACGAGUAGUGCUGCGCUAAUGAAUGAAAUAUCGAAUGCAAUCAAAAUUUAUGCCUUCGGUGUGGAAUCCUACCUUACAGAUCCGGCAAAUCGGGGGCGACGCCUUACAACGCAAUCACUUUCGUGUGAGGAUGAGGGACGCGGACGCUGGGAUAAUGGUGAAACUUUCUUCCGUUAUUUGCGCAACGUGUCUAUCGAAGGCGAUCUGAAUAAGCCGAAUAUAGAGUUCACUGCCGACGGUGAUCUUAAAUCUGCUGAACUGAAAAUCAUGAACUUGCGUCCUGGAGCAAACAAUAAAAAUCUCGUUUGGGAAGAGAUUGGCGUCUGGAAAUCAUGGGAGACGCAAAAGCUCGAUAUCCGUGACAUCGCGUGGCCGGGUAACUCGCAUGCUCCACCACAGGGUGUACCCGAAAAAUUCCAUUUAAAGAUAACAUUCCUCGAAGAGGCACCCUAUAUCAAUCUGUCGCCCGCCGACCCAAUCAGUGGCAAAUGUCUAAUGGAUCGCGGCGUCCUUUGUCGGGUCGCGGCCGAUCAUGAGAUGGCCGCUGACAUCGAUGUGGGGCAAGCGCAUCGUAACGAAUCGUUUUACCAGUGUUGUAGUGGCUUCUGCAUCGAUCUGCUGGAAAAAUUUGCCGAAGAAUUGGGUUUCACAUACGAAUUGGUUCGGGUCGAAGAUGGUAAAUGGGGUACACUUGAGAAUGGUAAAUGGAAUGGGCUGAUUGCAGAUUUAGUAAAUCGUAAAACCGACAUGGUAUUGACAUCGCUGAUGAUCAAUACCGAACGCGAAGCUGUGGUGGACUUUAGUGAGCCCUUCAUGGAGACGGGCAUUGCGAUAGUGGUGGCGAAGCGUACAGGUAUUAUAUCGCCGACAGCCUUUCUGGAACCAUUCGAUACGGCCUCAUGGAUGUUGGUCGGCAUUGUGGCGAUACAUGCAGCCACUUUCAUGAUCUUCCUUUUCGAGUGGCUUUCACCCAGUGGCUAUAACAUGAAACUCUAUUUACAAAAUACAAGUGUGACGCCUUAUCGGUUCUCCCUUUGUCGCACCUAUUGGCUCGUGUGGGCGGUGCUGUUUCAAGCCGCCGUACAUGUAGACUCACCGCGCGGUUUCACCUCACGCUUCAUGACGAACGUGUGGGCUCUAUUCGCUGUGGUCUUCUUGGCCAUCUACACUGCUAACUUGGCUGCCUUCAUGAUAACUCGAGAGGAAUUCCAUGAAUUCAGCGGACUUAACGACAGUCGUUUGGUGCACCCCUACUCGCAUAAACCCUCAUUUAAGUUUGGCACUAUACCCUAUAGUCACACUGACUCGACUAUACACAAAUAUUUUAAGGAUAUGCAUCUCUACAUGAGACAAUACAAUAAAACUAGCGUCGCUGAGGGCGUAGCUGCCGUACUCAAUGGUAAUCUCGAUUCGUUCAUCUACGAUGGCACAGUUCUUGACUAUUUGGUGGCACAAGAUGAGGACUGUCGUCUAAUGACAGUUGGCAGCUGGUAUGCCAUGACAGGUUACGGUCUCGCCUUUAGUCGCAAUUCAAAAUACGUCCAAAUGUUCAAUAAACGUCUGCUAGAGUUUCGUGCCAAUGGUGAUCUGGAGCGAUUACGUCGUUAUUGGAUGACGGGCACAUGUCGACCUGGCAAACAGGAGCACAAAUCUUCAGAUCCACUUGCGCUGGAACAAUUUUUAUCCGCUUUCCUGCUGCUCAUGGCUGGUAUUUUAUUUGCCGCGCUGCUACUGCUGCUCGAACAUGUCUACUUCAAGUAUGUACGAAAACGUUUGGCCAAAAAGGAUGGCUGUCACUGUUGUGCGUUGCUCUCACUGUCGAUGGGUAAAGCGUUGACAUUCCGUGGUGCGGUUUUCGAGGCGACGGAAAUACUGAAAAAGCAUCGUUGUAAUGAUCCCAUUUGUGAUACACAUCUGUGGAAGGUUAAACAUGAGUUGGAUAUGUCACGGUUGCGUGUGCGGCAAUUGGAGAAGGCAUUGGAUCAACAUGGCAUCAAGCCACCGCAAUUGAGACUGGCAUCAUCAUCGGAUUUACUAAAUCAUCAUCAUCUGAAAGAGCGUCCACCGCUGCUGGGUAACCUGAGCUUGGCUGCGAGCGCACAAGAUUUAUACAGGUGGUCCUACAAAACGGAAAUUGCGGAAAUGGAGACUGUGCUGUAAAAGCCCACAGUACAAUAAUCAACCACCGCCCGUUAGUACCAUCAACAGCAUCGCCACCGCCAAUAAAGCAACCCUGCAUCCAUCACGCCGAGCACACUGCAUUUGGAUGAAGCAAAGUAUGCAAAACGGAUGAAUGAUGGUGCCGCCUUCCAACCGAUAACGGCACAAAGCGGAAGUAAUCGAUUUCAGUUGGAAAUGAGCACAAUAUGCUAAUAUUAUGUUGUAUAAGGUAGGGAUUCUACUGUGUAGGUAUGUAUGUAUGUACCUACUUAGAUACUAUCUGCAUUAGAGUGGUCAAAUUUUUGUAUGGGGGAAAAAGUCAUCCUAGAAAACUAGGCACCCUCUUAGUUUCUUUUUCCUUUUGAUAUUUGUAAUAUCUAUAUCAACCAACUUUCAG